AAGGUUGAAUAAACAAACACAACACAAGCCAAUAAAUAAUAAGAACUGAGCAGAUUGACGGAAAAUGUAUUAAAAAAGUGCUAGCAAAACGAUAAACAAAACCAGUGCAGCUGUAAACAAAUUAAACAUAAAGUGUUAAAUGGGCAUAUAAAAUUGAAAUUGAACUAAGAUAAUCUGCAUAGCAAUUGUGCAAGAACAAGAACACAAAACUAGUUUGCAGCAAUAGAAGCAACAAGCAGAAGCAGAAGAAGCAGCAGCAGCAGAGGGCAACAGUGACGGCGACGGCGGCAGCGGCAGCACGAUAACAAGAACGACGCCAAAGCAAACGAAUUCGAAAAAUAGCCUGAAGUAGCUAUAAAAAAGCUAAGUGGGCAACAGUGGAGCAAACACACACACGCACUAUGCAAAGCAGUGGCAACACUGCAACUGCAGCGGUAACAAUAACAAUUUAAAAAGAAAUACACAAACACACAAAAAGGAUGUUGCUGGCAACAUUGUUAAUGUUGCUAAUGUGGCGCCCUCCCACGGCGCGUGGCGUCAGCAACAAUCAAUGCGAGCUGAUAAGAAUUGAUAUGUGCCGUGGAAUUGGCUAUAAUGAGACUUCAAUGCCCAAUCUGGUGGGUCAUGAGCUGCAAACGGAUGUGGAAUAUACACUGCAAACAUUUGUGCCACUCAUCGAAUACAAUUGCAGUUCACAGCUGAAGUUAUUCCUGUGCGCCGCCUAUGUGCCAAUGUGCACACCCAAGGCGCCCAUUCACACCAUUGGACCGUGCCGUAGUCUGUGUGAGUCCGUACGCAUACGCUGUCAUCCGGUGUUGCAGGGCUUUGGGUUUCCGUGGCCGCCAGCACUGGACUGUGAGCGUUUUCCCCGUGAAAAUAAUCAGGAGACCAUGUGCAUGGAGGGACCCGGAGAAUUGCAUUUGCCCGUACAGGAGCAGGAAGUGUAUGGUCCCAAGCUGCUGCCCGGCUCACCAGUGUUGCCACUCGACUGCUCCGGUCUGGCCAAAUCCCAUUUGUAUGUGAAACUCCAACGUUCCGGACGUUGUGCUCCGUUAUGUGAGGCGGAUAUUUUGUUUACGCCCGGCGAGAAGCAUUUGUCGGAGAUUUGGGUCUCCACCUGGGCCUAUGCUGCUUUGGGCUUGGCCUGUGUGGCAACGCUGUGUCUCCUGCUGCUUGGCGGCGACAACCCUGGCCGUGGGCGUCGUGGUGGGCGUGGCAAUGCGGGCGCCAAGUGGUCGCGUCUCCUAUCACCUUUGUUGUGGUGCCACAACAUGGUCACCUUGGGUUGGACAGUGCGCUUCAUAGUCGGACGAUCUGGCACCGCUUGUGGCACCGAUCCCCAGGCACCCAAUGAAUCCCUCCUCGCCGUCGACGGACUCUCCAAUGCCGCCUGUGCGAGUGUCUUCCUUCUGCGUUACUAUUUCGGCAUGGCCGCCUGCGCCUGGUGGGCCAUUUUAUGCCUGGGCUGGCAUCGGGAUAUACGUCGCAAUAGUCCGGACACCAAAGGACACAUUGUACUGCCCGCCAAGCGACAUGGAGCAGGAGGAGGAACCAGAGAAGGAGCAGUCAAUGGGAAUACCGCCCAGCAGGAUCUGGCGCGAAAUAAUUUUGUUUGCUUUGUGGCCUGGGGAUUACCGGCUUUCCAAACGGCAGCGGUAAUUGCAAUGCGUCUGGUCGAUGCGGAUGAGUUGUUGGGUGCUUGCUUUGUGGGCAAUCAAUCGGAUAAGGCGCUCCAGGUGCUGGUUGCCACGCCCAUCUUUUGCUAUUGGAUCUUUGGGUCGAUGAAUCUGAUAUCCGGCUACUUGGUGCACUGUCGCAACAAGGAGAUCCUGAGGAACAGCAAUGCUUUGAGUCUGCAACAGCAGCUGCAGCUGAGUGGACACAGCAGUUCGGGAAUUGGAAUAUUCCUAUUUCUAUAUGGCUCCUCUUGUGCUUUGCUGUUGUUGGCUGUGAUCUAUGAGUUUGCCAACAUUGAUGUGUGGUUGAGUGCACGGGAUGCGAAUACGCCGCUUUGGCCGUAUUUAAUGCGCGAUUUCAUGGAGUUGAUGUUGGGCAUUUGUUGUUUCGCUUGGGUGCUGGGACCGAGCAUAUCCAGCAUGUACAAGCGGCAGUUGUCAACGCGUCCGCUCAAGCAGACAGCGAAUGUGGAGCGUAAUCAGCUGCACCAGCAUCCACAUCAGCAUCCACUCGAUGCCCAGAGCAGUUCACGUGGCUCACACAUUGCCUGCAGCAGCACUGUGGUGUCCUAUCACUCGGUGCGUCCCUCACAUCAGUCCAUGAUCAGUGCACCGCCGCUAAUUGGCAGUCCCUACAAGUAUAAGUCGCCCCCAGGCGCUGGAUCCAUAUCCCUCAAUCAAAUGUCCAACUAUACGCUGGGACGCAAUGGACAACAACAUUCACAGCUUCCACAACUUGCACAUCCACAACAGCAUCCACAUCCACUUGGUCACUCCUCGCAUCGCGUCUACUAUGCACCGCAGAAGCAUCAUGCCCAUCAUGCCAACUACUCCCAUUAUCCGCAACUGCAGCGCUAUGGCAAUGAGACGCUUCUCUGAGCUCUACAGGUACACUAUAUAUUCAACUUCAACAGCUGCACUAAAAUUUCUCUUUCUAGUUACUUUUUUCGUUGGUUGCGAAUUGAUGUGGUCUGUUCUGAUCUGAUCCGACCUGAUCUGAUCCACACAGCUCUUCAAGUCUGAAGCCGCACAAUAUUGUCAAGCUGCGGUUAUUUAACACAAAUGUUCCUGCCUCGAUCAGCGCACAGAUCAGCCUAACUAAAGCUUUCUAUACAGUUCUAUAGUUAUACACAAAUGUUUGGGCACUUUUAGGAAGUUUGUCGGGCAAAAAGUGAGGAAAAAAGCUAAAAUUUUAUUUGUACACAGGUUCUUAUAAAGGCAAAUUAUUCGAUUCGAUUAAUUGUCCUCGUCCUGAGAGAAUUUUUCAUUGGCAUUAGUUAAAGCUGAAGUAAGCAAUAUUUUUUCGACUAUUGCUGCUUCAACUAUAAGUAUUUAAAAACUGUAGAGAACUGUUUAACACUACUAAAGAUCAAUCGCUAAACUGUUAAAAAUGUCACAGAACUUUGAAGAGACAAGGUUUUUUUUGAAAAUUAUAAAUAUAAAGUUCAUAUAACAGACAUUUACAAAUAUAAAUAACAGACUAUCCUUAAAGUGAACCAACUUAUUGUGUAUAACUAACCGAGUUGUAGAAUUGCAGUUGUUAAGCUGUACAAAUCAUUGCUAUAUAUACUGUGUAUAUAUGGAAUUUACUAUAAAAUGAUUUGAUUCACUUACUUUGCUGUAGAUAAUGCUAAAAAGCACAAGGCAAACGAUAAACUAGCGCUGACUUUUAGGAAUCCCCUUCAUGUAUUUCCUUAACUGUAUUAGUUUCAAGUUUAAACUUAUAUAUAUAUAUAUAUAUGUGUGUGUGUGCGUGUGUGUGUGUGCGUGUGUGUGUGUACUUAAUGUUGUAUUGUAUU